CCCUGGCAGGCGGCCUGAGCGCGUGCGAGGAGCCGCCGCAGCCGCUCGGGGUCGCCUCGAGGCCCAGAUUUCCCAGCGCUCGGCUCGCGUGGCAGCCGCCUGGGCGCCCGGCCCCGCGACUCGCUAGGGGCGGCCCCGCGCCCCGGUCCGGCCCUUCGGCGGAGUCCGUCGGAUCCCGCCUCGCUCUGCGCCCCGAGGCGCGCCGCCUCCCAGCCCGAGGUGUCCGCACGUCCGACGAUCCAUCCGUCUGUCCGUCCCGGGGCCGGCGCUGACCAUGCCCAGCGGCUGCCGCUGCUUACGUCUCGUGUGCCUGUUGUGCAUCCUAGGGGCACCCGUAAAGCCUGCCCGAGGCGAUGACUGCAGCUCCCUCUGUGACCUGGCUCACGGCUGCUGUGCGCCUGACGGCUCCUGCAGGUGUGACCCAGGCUGGGAGGGGCUGCACUGUGAGCGCUGUGUGAGAAUGCCUGGCUGCCAGCAUGGUACCUGCCACCAGCCCUGGCAGUGCAUCUGUCACACGGGCUGGGCAGGCAAGUUCUGUGACAAAGAUGAACACAUCUGUACCACGCAGUCCCCCUGCCGGAACGGAGGCCAGUGCGUGUAUGACGGGGGCGGUGAGUACCACUGUGUGUGCCCACCAGGCUUCCACGGGCGUGAUUGUGAGCGCAAGGCCGGACCCUGUGAGCAGGCAGGCUCCCCAUGCCGGAACGGCGGGCAGUGCCAGGACGACCAGGGCUUUGCCCUCAACUUCACCUGCCGCUGCCUGGCGGGCUUUGUGGGUGCCCGCUGCGAGGUGAACGUGGAUGACUGUCUGAUGCGGCCUUGUGCUAACGGCGCCACAUGCCUGGACGGCAUCAACCGUUUCUCCUGCCUCUGCCCCGAGGGCUUCACUGGGCGCUUCUGCACCAUCAACCUGGAUGACUGUGCCAGCCGCCCCUGCCAGAGAGGGGCCCGCUGUCGGGACCGGGUCCACGACUUUGACUGUCUCUGCCCCAGCGGCUAUGGUGGCAAGACUUGUGAGCUAGUCUUACCCGUCCUGGGUCCUGCCAGCACAGCGGACACCCCCCCAGGGCCCACCUUGGCUGUGCUGGUACCCGCCACGGGGCCCAUCCCUCACAGCGUGGGCGCUGGCCUGCUGCGCAUCUCUGUGAAGGAGGUGGUGCGGCGGCAAGAGGCCGGGCUGGGCGAGCCCAGCCUGGUGGCUGUGGUGGCAUUCGGGGCCGUCACCGCCGCCCUGGUCCUGUCCACGGCGUUGCUGACCCUGAGGGCCUGGCGCCGGGGUUUCUGCCCCCCUGGGCCCUGCUGCUACCCUGCCCUACACUAUGCACCAGCGCGCCAGGACCAGGAGUGUCAGGUUAGCAUGUUGCCGGCAGGGUUCCCUCUGCCGCCUGACCUGCCCCCCGAGUCUGGGAAGACCACCGCUCUGUGAUGGAGGUGGGGGCUUUGUGGGCCCCUCCUUCACCUCCUAGGGCGCUUGGACUGGAGUGGCCCCUUCUCGUCACCCCCCAGCUGGGGUACACACACGAAGGGACCUCAGCCUCAUGCCACAAAUAUUAUUUUUUUAAUACACAGAAUGUAAAAAUGGGAAUUUUAUCAAAUAAAACUAUGGAUGUGCA